AUAUCUGCAAGACAGCCUGAAGACCUGCGACUUGAAGGACCUAAAUCACUAGCAUCUUUGUACAUCAAGAAUGGUUACUAUAAUUAGCACCAUGGAAACUCAGGUGUCCAAUGGUCCGAGCGGAACCAGCCUGCCUAACGGCCCCGUCAUUAGCACUAACGGUGCCGCGGACGACAGCAAAACCAACCUGAUCGUCAACUACCUGCCUCAGAACAUGACCCAGGAGGAGUUCAAGAGCCUUUUCGGCAGUAUCGGAGAAAUCGAGUCCUGCAAAUUAGUCCGAGACAAGAUCACAGGCCAGAGUUUGGGCUACGGCUUCGUAAACUACGUGGACCCCAAUGAUGCCGACAAGGCCAUCAACACGCUCAACGGUCUCAAACUGCAGACCAAAACCAUCAAGGUGUCCUAUGCCAGACCAAGCUCAGCUUCCAUACGCGAUGCCAACCUGUACGUGAGCGGCCUGCCCAAAACCAUGAGUCAGAAAGACAUGGAGCAGUUGUUUUCCCAGUAUGGAAGGAUCAUCACCUCACGCAUCCUGGUAGACCAGGUCACAGCAGGUAUAUCGCGCGGAGUAGGAUUCAUUCGGUUCGAUAAGAGAAACGAGGCCGAGGAGGCCAUCAAAGGCCUGAAUGGUCAAAAGCCGCUGGGCGCCGCCGAGCCCAUCACCGUGAAGUUCGCCAACAACCCCAGUCAGAAGACGGGACAGGCCCUGCUUACCCAGCUUUACCAGACAGCUGCUCGCCGCUUCACCGGCCCUCUGCACCACCAGACUCAGCGCUUCAGACUCGACAAUUUACUAAACGCCAGCUACGGAGUCAAGAGCUCUCCUUCUUUCCUCCCCAGAUUCUCCCCCAUAACCAUUGACAGCAUGACCAGUCUAGCCGGCGUCAACCUGACCGGGCCCACCGGAGCCGGCUGGUGCAUCUUCGUCUACAACCUGUCCCCGGAAGCCGACGAAAGCGUCCUGUGGCAGCUCUUCGGGCCAUUCGGCGCUGUCACAAACGUCAAGGUCAUCCGUGACUUCACCACCAACAAAUGUAAGGGCUUUGGCUUUGUCACCAUGACCAACUACGACGAGGCAGCCAUGGCUAUCGCCAGCCUCAACGGCUACCGCCUGGGCGACCGCGUGCUGCAGGUCUCUUUCAAGACCAGCAAGCAGCACAAGGCUUGAAGGAAGGCCUAGUCACUACUGCUCUUUAACAUGCAGGGGGAGCUACUGAGCUCCCUGUACAUUCACUCUACAUGGGCCUGGACUGAGUCUCUCUCUAACACACAUUUGACACACACACAUACACACACACGUUUAGUUGUUUCAAACAAAAAUACACAAGUAGAGUUGUUUUUCUUUUCUCUUUACACAACAUGUUAGUCCUUCCCAACAUUUGCCUGUAUUGAAUUAGCAGAGUUGUGAGGCGGGGCUGGGCUGGGGAAAUCCACGAGGAGGGACAGUCUUAUGAAUGUGACAGAGAAUGUCUGCAGAGAUUUAAUUUAAUUCAGGCAAAGUAAGAGAACUGGUCAACGAACGAACGGAAAAAAAAGUCAAUCGAAUAUGUGCAAUUUACCCGAAAUCUUGCCCCAGUAACUCUCCUGUCUGGCUUCAGAGGAUGUAGUCACUUUUUUACACUUGGGCAUUUUGAAUCAGUGAUUUUUUAGAGAAAAUGAUUAAAACAGUGUUCUCUUAUAUAUAUUAUGAUAUAACUAUAUAUUCAACAUUUAAGGUGGUUUUAAUAGCCAAAUAUGUAAGCAUUUUCUAGAACUUUGAUUACGGUUUCCUGGCUCUACAUUAGGUUGCAACCUUGCCUUAUGGCACCACACACACCUUACUCGAGGUCCAACCCAACAGCCACUGAACAAACUGUGUGGAUGGUAGUCACAAAUCGAGAGGUCACCCGGGGGUCAUCACAAUCACCUCAGCACACCGAAAGACAACGUUCAUCACAGAGACACACACAUACACGCACAGGCACACACGCACCUCCGCUGGAGGGCAUAGCGAAACAUCACAAAACAUGGCGACCUAGAAUCUCCUCGUAUCUUUCCACUCUGAGUUUUAGAGUUAGAAUUUAGAAUCAAUUCCACCACAUGCAGUUGUUUGUGUAACUAGGGGCAUUUCGACAGUGUUCCCAUGGCGAUGGCAUUUGGAAUUCUUUUGAAAGUCUUUCAAACCAAUUACGAAGGCCGACUGCGGAAUCCAGAACCAUAUUAGAUCAUUUUAAACAGGUUUGAAUGGCUCGGGAGUAGGAAAGGCUGUGUGUCAGCUCUUUGAGCAAAAGAGUGAGCUGUUAUGAAGGUCAGAGGCCACUGGGAUUGGUCGUCCUUGGUCUUCAUCAUUUCUCAGACACAUUUAACUCCAUUCACUAAACAGAAUCGCAUUAUAAUUCGCUUUCCCGAACCGGUUUUAGCAGCCCCUGCGUAUCUAAACGGCUACAUAUCAAAUCCAAUUUAGUGUCCUCAAGACCCUUUAAAGCAAGUCGCAGCCACAUGAGCUGCACACAAAAUCUCAUAACUGAAAAAUUCCCUAGAUACAUUAAAGACAAUGCCCAAGCUGUCCACAGCCCUGCGAUAAAACAAACAAAACUGUUCCAUGAGGAUUGACAUUGCUGUAAAAUCGCAAAACUUCACAUUAUAUGAAGAAAAGAACUGAAAGAUGUAAAUGUGUGUUCAAAUCAAGUGACAUUUUGCUUUUCUAAAUAACGCUGUGUUAGCCAAAGAGGACAAUGAUCUCUUUGAAAGGAUUACAUUAGAGAUUAAUAUAUUUUUAUAUCGACGAAGAAAAAAAACACAAGACCUUGUGCAACAUUUUUACAGAUUCUUAAAUCGUGGAAAUCUUUGGACACACCGCAUGGCUUUUAUUUUCAGAGUUUUCAACUUUGGGAGAGAGGGCCAGUCUGCGGUGUUAGGGAGGGGAUCGGAGGGUUGGGGACUAAGACUUACAUGCAGUGAAACCAUUUCAUUUUCAAAAAUACACAAAAAAAAAUAGAAACAUACGAAACAUUUAAAAAAAGAAUCAGCAGACAGGUACAUGUAUGCAUUACACAGGAAAGCGACGUUACGGUUUCUCUAAAGUGUUGAAAAAAAUCAAGCGUUGUUUCAAUGACGGUGCAGUGAUGCUCGAAACGGCGUCACAUCGAACACCCAGAGCAUCUCAUCUUGUAUCGGCAAAAACAAAAAAGAAGAAUCACCUUAACGCUUCAGCAUGUUCGGUGCACCAAAAAAGUAAAAAUAAAUUGACAAUGUAAUGUAGCUGCACUUAUUAAUGUAAUCAAUUCUCACACAAUAAUCCAUAGUGGAUUAUAUUCACCAGUAUGUCAACGCAACAAGCAAAUGUCUAUCAUUGUGCUGUCUAGAUUUGUUUGUUUUUAUUUAAUUUCUGCUCCACAUAUCUCCUGUAUUCCACCAUCAUAUCGUCAACACCUAAUUUUGCUCCUUUGCACAAGCACUAACCAACCAAGGGAUCUUAGCUUUGUCACUGAUGAAGGGAAAAAGGUCAGUCCGAAACAUUUAGCAAGAGUGUGACACACGUACACUUAGACGCACACACACACACACACACACACACACACACACACACACACACACACACACAACACAUAUCAGAGUGUCUCUAGGCCCUCCACAGCAUUCCCAUUGUAUCAAAACUGUGAUACAUCUUGAAGUAACCCCCUCAGCUUGCGCCACAUUAACAAAGCAACACGUUUUUCUUUCGCUAACGCAUCUCAUCCUGGAACUCAUCGGUAGUGUGCCCUAGAGGGGACAAAAAUCCUAGACGUAAAGAUUGGUCCGCCCUCUAAAAUGAGCGAUGGGGUAGAUACAGUGGCCAUAGGGAGGUUUUAGCGUCGUCCCUCUGGCCGAGUGUCCCAACGAACACUUUAGCUACACCGCUCCCCCAUCCCCUCAGAGCCAAGGACAAUGGCAGGAAACAAACAUGCUGCACCGCUUGAGCAACUACAAUAAUAAUCAUUAAAAAAAAAAAGAAAAAAAAAAACUUUCCUAUGGAACAGUAAGUGCAAUGUGCUUCGUUUUUAUAUUGACUGAGAA